AUGAAGUGCUGCAAAUAUAUUUUUGGAUUAGUUUUCUUUCUCUACACAGUUCAAGGAGAUAUUCUGGAUGGUUAUGUAAGAACAGAUGGUGCUUGGAUCAUUAGUCAAGAAUCCAUCACCUAUAGAACUUUAACUAAAACAGCUUGUGGUUUGAAAUGUGAAACUGAAACAGCAUUUACCUGCAGGGCGUUUCUAUUUACAGCGAAAGAGCAGCAAUGCAUUACGCUGGGCGACAAUACUAAAACAGCGGCUGUGCUCAGAAAAGCAGGGGCCAUUCUCUUUGAAAAACGAAUGUAUCUCCUGGAAUGCAGAAUUGGAAAUGGAGUGGACUACAGAGGAACUGAAUCAAAAACACAGAAUGGUGUACUAUGUCAGAAAUGGACCGAGAAGAGUCCACAUAGACCCAAUUAUACACCGUUUCUUCACCCUAAUGCUUCAUUAGAAGAAAACUACUGCAGAAAUCCGGAUCAUGAUGAGAAAGGUCCCUGGUGCUAUACAACAGAUCCUGAAACCAGAUAUGAUUUUUGCAACAUUCCUGAAUGCGAAGAGACGUGUAUGCACUGCAGUGGGGAAAACUAUCGAGGCAAAGCUUCCACCACGGAAUCUGGGCUCACGUGCCAGGCGUGGGCUUCCCAAGAGCCCCAUGCUCACGGGUACAUUCCUUCAAAAUUCCCAGAAAAGAAUUUGAUAUCAAACUACUGUCGUAAUCCUGAUGGUGAGCCACGUCCUUGGUGUUUCACCUCCCUCCUGACAAAACGAUGGGAAUUCUGUGAUAUUCCACGGUGCGCUAUACCUCUGCCAGCUAUUACGGGCCAACAGUGCCUUGUUGGAAAUGGAGAAGAUUAUCGAGGAAAUGUAGGAGUGACCGAAACAGGAAAAACCUGUCAAUCAUGGGCAUCCCAAGAACCUCAUACCCAUGCAAGAAGUCCAGAAAACUACCCUUGCAAAGGUUUGGAAAAAAACUAUUGUAGAAACCCUGAUGGAGAGACUAAGCCUUGGUGCUAUACAACUGACUCAAAUACUCGAUGGGAAUACUGCAACAUUGCUACUCAAUGUGAUGAUGUCGUCACAGUUACUGCUGCUGUCCCUGCUGUUCCUCCCCAAAUGCCUCCCCAAAUACCUCAACAGGAACCUCAACAGGUUGAUGAUUGCUAUUAUGACAAUGGCUCAAAUUAUCGGGGUACUGCAGCAGUGACUAUCACAGGGAAAAAAUGCCAAGCAUGGAUUUCUAUGCGGCCCCAUCGUCACUCUAAGACACCAUCUGUAUUCCCAAAUGCGGACUUGAGAAGGAACUAUUGCCGAAACCCUGAUGAUGACAAAGCACCCUGGUGUUAUACUACUGAUCCUGAGACAAGGUGGGACUACUGCAAUCUACAGAAGUGUGCUAAACCAGAAACUUCGCAGACAUUGACACAAAACAUUGGUAUGACUUCUCCUCUUCUCCUAGAUUAGAAACAACCAGGCAAAAUUAAAGACUGUAGGGUUGGAAGUGGUAGAGACUAUCGUGGACAUAUUGCAACCACAGGGACUGGUAGGACCUGCCAAGAAUGGCAAUCACAAGUCCCUCAUGAACAUACUUCUUUCACACCAGAGACUCACCCGAGGUCAGGACUGGAGAAAAAUUAUUGCAGAAGUCCUGAUGGUGAUACAAAUGGUCCUUGGUGCUAUACAACAGAUAAAAAUAAAGGCUGGGAAUACUGUGAUGUUCCACAGUGCCCUGUUCCUGAUGAUGGAUGUGGAAAAGCCAAAUAUCCACCCCUUCUUUGUUUUGGAAGAGUUGUCGGCGGCUGUGUUUCAAAUCCCCAUUCCUGGCCCUGGCAAAUCAGUCUCCGUAUUCGUUACAACAAUCUACAUUUUUGUGGUGGCACAUUAAUAAAGCCACAAUGGGUUCUGACGGCAACUCACUGCUUAGACCGGUCACCCACUCCUACCUUUUACAAAGUGUCACUUGGCCUGCACACGGAGACAGCUUCUGAACCAUCUGCCCAGCAUCGCAAUGUUCUGAAAAUAUUCAAAGAACCAAACAGGGCAGACAUUGCCUUGCUGAAAUUAAGCAGCCCAGUGAAGAUCACCAAUGAAGUCAUUCCAAUCUGCUUGCCUUCAGAAAAUGCUGUUGUAGCAGGUGGGGCAGAAUGUUAUGUCACGGGAUGGGGUGACACAAAAGGAACUGGUGGAGAAGGCUUUCUUAAAGAGACUGGAUUCCCUGUCAUUGAAAAUAAAGUGUGUAAUCGGCCUGAAUUUCUAAAUAACAGAGUCGGCAACCAUGAACUUUGUGCUGGUAAUAUUGAUGGCAUAUCUGAUAGCUGUCAGGGUGACAGUGGGGGACCUCUGGUCUGUGAAGAGCAAGGACGAUAUGUGCUACAUGGAGUCACCUCCUGGGGUCUGGGCUGUGCCCAGCCCAUGAAACCUGGUGUUUAUGUGCGAGUGUCUCGCUUUAUUCCAUGGAUCCAAAGAAUACUGAAUGAAAAUUGA